AUGCCUUCCACAACGGAGGUUGCACAGCAAUUCGACUCGAUCGAAGAUACAAUUGCUGCUUUCAAGAAUGGCGAAUUCAUCAUUGUCCUCGACUCACAAGAUCGUGAGAAUGAAGGAGAUCUUAUAAUUGCAGCUGAGUCUAUCACCGCUGCGCAGAUGGCUUUCCUCGUGCGCUACACAAGUUCUCUUCGCCAGUGGAUUGAUUUGCGCACCUAUCCCCCUCCCCUCGCAACCCGCCUCGCCCUCCCACAAAUGGUCGCCGAAAACGCAGACCCCAAAGGCACCGCCUACACCAUCACCAUCGACUCCAGCGACGACUCAGUGACGACCGGUAUCUCCGCCGAAGACCGCGCGCUAACCUGCCGCACGCUCGCAUCCCCAGACGCGCAGAUCGACUCUUUCCGCCGACCCGGCCACAUCAUCCCGCUGCAGGCGCGUGCCGGCGGCGUGCGCGAACGCAAGGGCCACACCGAGGCUACAGUUGAUUUCUGCAGACUGGCCGGUAAGGCGCCUGUCGGUGUGAUUGCGGAGCUGGUGGAGGGUGGCGAGACCGUUGAGGGUGUGGCGGAGAUCCGGGGUAAUAAUGGGAUGAUGAGGCGUGAUGGGUGUUUGAAGUUUGGUAAGAAGUGGGGGAUUAAGGUGUGUACUAUUGAGGAUUUGGUGGAGUAUUUGGAGAGGAUGGAGGGUGUUAAGAAUGGGCAUUGA